AUGACGAUGCAGUUUCAGAAUCAACAUCAGCAUGUGCUGGGCGCCGUCAGUGACCCGGCGGACCAGUUCAGUUCCUUUGUGCUGCCACUCUCCAUCGCCGGCUUAACGGUUGUCGGACUAUUUUCCCUGCCGGGCGCCGUUGCUCUUCUUUCCCAGGUCCGCAACCGCACGCCAAAAGACAACUUUUACUCGGAUGUCGACGGCACCAGCACGCCAGAAGCUGUUGCUGCAUUUUCCAACAAAUGGCCCAAGCUUGCCAUUCUUCUCCUCGCCCUGACAAGCUUUGACACAUCUGUUGCUUAUUCGAUCUUGACCACCCUUCACGCGGACCGUUAUGGCCUCUUUGUUCCCAGCUGGCUGACUACUGCUGCUCUUGCUGCCAUUUUGCUACAAGCCGUCUUCAUCUUCCUUCACCGGUCUCCCGUCAAAUCCCACGACCUCGGCAUUUGGUCAUUUGGGUCGUCAUUCAUUGCUAUUCUGCUCAACAUACUCCAGACUCACCAUGCUUGGCGGCUCGGAGCUACCAAGACUGACGCUUUUUUCAUUCUUCGAAUAGUCAGCUUGGUAGCUACCAUCUUGCAAUUGUUUGCUAGCAUUUCGCUCCCCCGACGACCGGCCGUCUCCCACAAUGGUAAACCGGUGGACGCGCAGUUUACAGGCUCCUUCCUGAGUCGUUAUACUUGGUCUUGGGGACAGCCCUUGGUUGCGUUGGCCACUAAGAAAGGCGACCUGGACGAAAAAGAUAUUCCAGGCCCAGAUCACAACUUCAGAGCCCGAGAUCUCGUCGAGGCUUGGCACAAGUUUGAAUUCAAGGGCACACUUCUGAAGAAGCUUCUCCGUUCUUAUCUGCCCCUAUUUUUGGUCCAAUGGACUGUCACCAUCUUUCGAUCAUUUAUUGGCCUUGGGCCGUUCUGGGCCAUGCUGCGCGUGAUUGAGCUCUUGGAACAGCGCUAUCCCGAAGGCGAACGACCAAUGGGCCAGAUCCUGAUAUACAUCUGGACGCAAGGAUGGAUCAUGUGGUUUUCCAUGUACAAGACUUCCAUUCCUCUCCGAGGCCAGCUUUCCUCUCUCAUUUUCGAAAAGUCCUUGAAACGAAAAAACGUCAAGAUGGCAGAGAAGGAAACGCCAAAAGCAGACGAAGAUGAGGGCAACGAGGACACAAAGAAACCCGAGGAGGAGACCGUUCUAAAGUCCCGCCAAGCCAUUGUGAAUCUUGUUGGUGUCGACGUCAGGCACGUAUCGAAUCUUGCGGCCUUUCAAUUUUUCAUCAUCAACAGCUUGACCAACUUGUUCUUUUACUGUGGCUUUCUGCUAAAGCUGAUUGGUUUCUUUCCCUUUGCCGCUGGUAUCUUGGCAUGGGCUCUUGUCUUGCCCAUCAACACGUACGCCACCAAGAUCUACAUGAAGCAUCAAGCCCAGCUCAUGAAAGAUCGUGAUGCUAAGCUGGCAAUUGUGAAUGAAGCGUUAUUAGGCAUUCGUCAGAUCAAAUUCACUGCCCUGGAGAACCAGUGGGAAGGUCGUAUUCAAGAGCAACGAGAGAAGGAAUUGACGACUCUGAAGAGAACCUUCAUGGCGGACUCUGUCCUAUUUGCAUGCUGGGUUAUCAGCCCGAUUUUUCUCGCAGCUGCUUCAUUAACUGUCUACUCUGUCCUUCAUGGCAACCUAUCUCCGUCUAUUGCCUUUGUCAGUAUCAGUAUCUUUAAGAGCUUAGAAGUCACACUCUCUGCUCUCCCAGAGCUGCUCACGACAUCUGUCGACACACUUGUUUCGAUCAAGCGAAUUGACACAUAUCUUAGCGGCCCUGAAAUGAAGAGGAUUCUGUCUGAUGGCCCAGAUGUUGCUCUCGAAAAUGCCACCAUCUCCUGGCCUGUUGACGUCGAAACUCCCGACGAAGAACGCUUCAUUCUCAAGAAUAUCAAUCUGUCCUUCCCUGCUGGCGAGCUGUCUGUGAUUUCUGGUAAAACUGGAACAGGAAAGAGUCUGCUGCUCUCUGCUGUACUCGGCGAGGUUGAUCUACUUGAAGGUGCCAUUCAUGCUCCCCCCACCGUAUCGCCGCUUGAGCGCAAUGAUCACGCGGCUCAUCCCGGAAACUGGAUUCUUCCCGGCUCUGUUGCAUAUGUGGCCCAGACCCCUUGGCUCGAAAGCGCUUCCUUCCGAGAUAAUAUUCUAUUCGGCCUCCCGUACAUUGAAGCGAGAUACCAGAAAGCCAUCGAUGUCUGCGCCCUGAAAAAGGAUCUCGAGAUUUUGCCUGAUGGCGAUAAGACAGAACUUGGAGCCAACGGAAUCAAUUUGAGCGGAGGCCAGAAAUGGAGAGUAACAUUGGCACGAGCUAUCUACUCACGCGCCGAAAUUCUGGUCAUGGAUGAUAUUUUCAGCGCUGUUGAUGCUCACGUUGGUCGACACAUUUUCGACAAGUGCAUCAGUGGUGACAUCUGCGAAGGUCGAACUCGAAUCCUGGUUACCCACCACGUGGCGCUCGUUCAAUCCAAGGCUAAAUAUCUGGUGGAACUUGGAGAGGGCACUGUUCUAAACGCUGGCCUGACGUCGGAGCUUGCUGAGGAGGGCAUCCUCGAGAGAAUCAAGACCCAUGAGCAAGACCCGGAGGAGAUUCAGCGUGAAGAAGCGGCUGCUGAAGGCUCGACAGUUGUCAACUCUGAAGAAGGCUCAGUUGCCGGUGCCGAUGGAGCAUCAAGUGAAACCGCCACGGCUGACCAGUUGGCCAAAGAUACGGCUGACCAGGUGGCUAAAGAUAAGGCUGCCAAAGACUUUGUCGAAAAGGAGACUCGCGACAAAGGGCAAGUUAAGAACCGGAUCUAUAUGAGCUACCUGACCCAUAGCGGUGGCUGGCUGUUUUGGAUCAUUCUCGCCGUUUUAUUCUCCAGCUUCGAGGCAGGUAAUCUUGCUCGAAACUGGUGGGUGAAAAUAUGGACGUCUCAAAGCGAGAACCAAGUUGACGGAAUCCAUGCCUUUGAAGCGGAGCAGAAGCACGGUCUUGCCUAUGGUUUCACUUUACAGCACGGCCCGUUCCAUGUUGCCUCGAACUUGCUGAGCGCCGAAUCCACAGAGCAUAAUUUGUACUAUUACUUAUCAAUCUAUGUCGCUCUAUCUGCGGCCAGUGGAUUGGUCGGGACGCUGCGCUUUAUCUGGUCAUUUUAUAUGAGCAUCAAGGCUAGUAGGACCCUGUUCAAGCAAAUUCUCUUCACAGUCCUCCGAACCCCCUUGCGAUGGCUUGACACAGUCCCUGUUGGCCGAAUUCUUAACCGACUCACCUCUGAUUUUGAUAUCAUCGACAACCGCAUCAACAUGGACUUUGGCAUGUUACUCUGGCGUUCUUUGGGUCUCAUGGGCGUCUGUGUCGCCGCUACUCUCGUGUCGCCUUAUAUCCUUCCCUUGGCAUUCGUUUUGGUCAUCUUUGCUGCGAUAGUUGGCAAGAUGUACAUGACUGGUGCCAGGCCCAUGAAGAGAUUGGAAAGCACCUCAAAGUCACCAGUCUUUGAACAAUUCAACGCGACGUUAUCGGGUGUGGCUACGCUUCGAGCGUACCAGAAGACCCAAGUGUACGUGGACCGUAUGUACGCUCAUCUUGAUCAGUGGGACUCUGUAAGCAUUUAUGGCUCUCUGUUCAACCGAUGGAUGAGCUUCCGCAUGGCCUUGAUUGGUACUGCUUUUAGUUCCAUUGUCGGCAUUGUCGUUGCCUUGUCCCCAUCCAUUGACGCUUCCAUGGCUGGCUUCACUUUGGCGUUCGCUGUUGACUUUUCCGGAAACAUCCUCAUGACUCUGUGGAGCUAUACUAGCUUGGAGCUGGAUAUGAAUGCCACCGAGCGUGUUAUCGAGUACGCUGAUCUCAAGACCGAACCGUUGGAUGGAGAGAAGGCACCUGCUGCCUGGCCUACGUCGGGAGAUAUUGAGGUCAAGGAUCUUGUUGUUGGCUAUGCUGAAGAUCUGCCGCCAGUCCUGAAGGGCGUUUCCUUCAAUGUCAAGAAUAAUGAGCGCGUGGGUGUUAUCGGACGUACCGGAGCUGGAAAGUCCUCGCUUACCCUGGCCCUCUUCCGCUUCCUCGAGGCCCGAUCAGGCACUGUCUUGAUUGAUGGUGUGGAUAUUUCCAAAAUUGACCUUCACAGCCUGCGUUCACGAUUGGCCAUCAUUCCUCAGGACCCUGUACUGUUCUCUGGCACUGUCAGGAGCAAUCUUGAUCCAUUCAACGAGCGUACGGACGAAGAACUCCGCGAGUCGCUUCAUCGUGUGCAUUUGGUCGACUCUCAGCCAGCCACGCCCGCCAAUGAGCCAUCUUCUGUCGCUGCUUCUGCCGCUGCUUCAACCACCACUCCAACCAACGCCAACAUCUUCCGGGAUCUCACCAGCGGCAUCGCCGAAUCGGGCGGUAACCUCUCUCAAGGUCAGCGCCAACUCCUCUGCAUGGCCCGAGCUAUCGUCGCGCGACCCAAGAUCAUGGUGCUUGACGAGGCUACCUCGGCUGUGGACAUGGCAACCGAUACGCUCAUCCAGCGCAGCAUCCGCGAGGAAUUCACCGACAGCACGCUCAUCGUUAUUGCGCACCGUCUGAGUACGAUUGCUGAUUUCGACCGCAUUCUCGUUCUUAGCGAGGGAGCUGUGGCGGAAUUCGGAACGCCCAAGGAGCUGUGGGACAAGGAGGGAGGUGUGUUUAGGGACAUGUGUGAGCACAGCGGUGAGCUGGAUAAGCUGCGAGAAACGAUUUUGGGAAAAUAAGAAAACAUGUGGAAAAUACCUAAGAUGUAGUGGAUUCAUUUGGAUAGGUAAAAAAAAGGGGGGGGGGGGGGUCUAAAAUGGGGAUGAAGCUCAAAAGGCUCGUUUGUAUUUAUUGCUUCGCUUCUUUCGAAUUAUUUGCUCUUACGAUAGAUUGUUUGUUAGUGAUGAUCUAAUCAUAGUGGACAAAAUGGCAUUUGGAUGGUCAUAAUUUCGUGUCUCGUCAUUGCUACUAUCUGGAGUACAAUCUCUGUAGAUACCACUAAGGUAUUGAAAAUAAUCGUGAAGAAAUCAAAACUUGCGUUAGAAUGAUCCAUCUUCCUCGCAUUUAGGCCAAUCUGGAUGAGUAUUUUUUUUUUUUUUUUUUCCAAAGAAGAGAACAAAUGAAAAAGAGCCAAUCAAUCCAACCUUGCCGUUCAGCUUCUCCUUUCGCACACUAGUCCACUUAGAACUCCUCUCCAUGAACAACGUCAUCAUCACCAUCGCCAUCAUAGUCAGCAUCAUCAGAGCCCAGGGGCAUCUCAGACUUUAUAUAAUCCUUGAAACCCUUGCUCAUCUUGACUACGGCACGAAUGUGCUUCUCCCCAAUAGUAAUAGUCGGCAGACCUUCCUCAUUGGAGUCGCUCUCGGCCAAAGCCAGCGCCGUCUGCAUAGCGUUGCGAAUCUCUCGUCCAUUCCACUUGAGCACGCGGACCUCCUGGCUCGACCAGAUAAACUGGCGGGCCGCGGUGGCGACGCGGAUCCUGCCGUGGGAAUCACGGUUCAGGCGGUCAAAGUUGUGAGUCCAGAUGCGCUCGCGGUCUUCGUCGCCGAGGUUCUUAUAGUGCAGCGCGACGUGGAUGCGGCUGAGGAAAGCAGUGUCGAAAGAUCGGACACGGUUGGUGGUGAGGAAGAGCACGCCGCGGUAGUACUCCAGGGCACGGAGGAAGACGGAGACGAGGCCGUUGCGAGAAAUGUUCUUUGCGCGGCGGCGCUCGAGAUAGACGUCGGCCUCGUCGAGCAAGACAAGAGCUCCAUAACGCUGGCCCAGCUCGAGGAAGUAGCUGAGGUUGUUCUCGACACGGAACGCAUCGACGCUCAGGUCGCCGCUUGUGAGAGAGAUGAGAGGCCGGUUGGUCAGUUCGGCAAUGCACUCAGCGGUGCAAGUCUUGCCAACACCAGGCGCACCGUGGAGGAGGAAGAUGCGUCCUUCGCCCUUGUUGCGAACGAAGUCAUUGCCCCAGGGAGUGAUUUGGCCAUCGACGCCAGUGGAAUAUUGGCCAAUGAGGGCCUUGACAGUCAUCUUGAUAUCAUCGUCCAAGACGAGAUACUUGAAAGCCUCUUUGUCGGCUUUGACAGGGCUGAGGUUGGCAACGUGGAGAUUUCCCCAACGACGAGUGCCAAGGAUGAAUCCAGGGAUUGUCUUGCUGAGAACAUGGAAGAAGAUAUCGCUGUCAGGCGGGGUAUCGCACAGAGGAUCAAGAUCUUCGAAUCCAUCGUACGGACCAUUGAGCUCCUGAGGUCGAUCUUCAGUGCAGACAGCGCAGCCGCAUCUUGGCAAAUAUCGAGGAAGAUGGUCUUUGUUGGGUAUAUUCUGAGUUACACGGCGGCGGGUGGGAUGAGGAUAUCGUCUUCCUUCCCAGUCCGGCGCGGUAUCAAAGAACUUGUCGAAGCCAGAGGCAUCACAAAUAACACGACCAUUCAUAAAGCCAGUUGGGCCGCCGGGCAGUCUAUUGCCGGAACCAGAGUUGACAAGCAAGCCCUCGUAUUCCAUAUAUGUAGGACGCUUGAGGAGCUCCCAGUACAGCUUGCCUUCUGCGAUGAGUUUUUGACGCAUCUCGACGCCACCUUGGGCAGCAAGGUCUUCUUUCCAAAAGGCUGCGGGAACCACUGACAAAGUGCUGAUUGCUUGUUCACCUGGCCAUGGAUUGACAACAUAGCUCUCCAUAAAGCGGCCAACUUUGGUGCCGUUGGACUCCAGCAGCCAACAGUUUAUCCUGUAGCUGUCAGGACUAUUUAGGUGACGGCUGCCACCACUGACACUGCUAAUGACCAAAGGUGUCCAGAUGUCAUAUUUUUUGGUAUAGAUGACAUUUCCUGGCUUCAAGAGUAGCCAGAAGUACUGGAAAGUUGCCAUAGGAGUCUCGAGUUUGUGGAGCUCCUGUUCCUUGGUAAUCUCAUCUCCAAGACUUUCAUCAAGGAAUUUGAGAAGAGUGUCGAUAUGCUUGACUGUGGUCUCAGCAUACUCGGCACUAUGCGCCUCAGGCUGGUUAUCGCGAUACUCAAGAAGCUCGCGGCGGUGGUGAUACAGCAUGCGAUAGGGUGCGCUGAUAGUAACU